UGCGAGGCAGCCCCGAGCCGCAGUGUGAGAGCGCAGCCCCCGCGACCAGCAGUCCCCCGAGCUGUCGUUGUGGCCUCCGCGGCCGAGAUCUUCCGUGGGCGCCCCCGCGUCGGACUGUGAGCAGAGCCCCUUCCCGGGAUUUGCGUUUCUCUCGCGUAGCGCGGCUGUCGUACUUCUGCGUCGCGAUGGAGGUGGCCACCGCGGACUUCGAGGUGUUCGGCAAGGUGCAGGGAUGUAACUUUACCAAGGACGCGAAAAACCUCGCCGACAGACUGGGCAUCACAGGAUGGAUCAAGAACAGCAAGACAGGCACAGUCAUGGGCAGAGUCCAGGGAGCCAAAUCCAGCGUGGACCAAAUGGUCAAAUGGCUGAGUGAGGAAGGAAGCGAAGGCUGCAAGAUCGAGCGGUGCCAGCUGACCAACCAGAAGGCCAUCGUCCGCCCCGACUACCCCAAGUUCACCCUCAAGUUCUAGAGCAAGUUCUCCGCUCGCCCGAACACCGCGGGACGAUGGAAGUACAUUAGACAUUUUCGCCAGAGCCGCCAUCUGUAUCAAGCCCAUGACCUCAUCAACAUUACAGUCGCCCCGUUCAUCUAACAGAAAUAGAUUGUGUGUGGAAGUCUUUCUCUACCUUGUCUUUGGUCGGGACGUAGUAUGUGUUCAAUCCAAGUAGGUUAAAUGAUGUGUUAACAUUAUAUUUCUUCGAUAUCUUAGUUUUCUUUUUCUAUAUCUUCUUUUAAUGCCUUAAUAAAAAAUGAAAUGUGAAAUGUUAUGGGAUUAAAUUAUCCGUUUGAUGAUAAAACCGAAUGGGGAAAAUGAGCAGCAUGACCAAAAAAGUUUGGGCGUUAAACUUGACACUCAAAGGCAGAGUGAUAACUAAAAAUGAGACAGUGAGGGAAGCUCAGCACAACACCCAGUCAGCCUGGAAUGAACGGGAAACCUGAUCCCGAGGCAACAGGCCUGCCUCUGAGCUGCAAACCGAACACAACACUCACAACAUUUCAGUUCUCAUAAAUCCACGUCUCGUUUUCUAUUCUUUGUAACUAGCCUCAGUACGUUCUGCAGUUUGUGUUACCAUGACUUGCCCGAAACACUUCUUUCACUCAAGUAACGUUUAGUUAUCGACAAACACUAACUAUUAUUACCAGAGGAUGAACUCGAUGAUAAGUAUAGUUGUUGUUCAACUAAGUUCGUUUUGAGUGUUGAUCUAGACUUGUGUUACAUCUUGGGAGAGGGAACCUGCAGAUUAUUGUCCCACUUGUUAUUAUUCAUAUAUUUAUCUAUUUAUAUAUGUGUUUAUUCUUAGGAUAUACAUGUGACAGCAGGUUCGCACGGAGUCCUGGGCCAGCCUUCGCCCCCGCCUCUCUGAACCCUGAGAAGUCAAACACACCAUGGCUAUUCUGACCCACCGAUAACGUUUCAUGCCAAUGUAUUUCUGAUGAGUAUAUUUAUCAUCAAGGAGUCCAGUUAUUGUUUAUUUUUCAGGAAUUUUCUCGAAAGGGAGAAAAAAAAACUAUAUCUAAUUAAAGAAAUGAGAAUAGGAAAUACACAUUGAUACAAAAAUACCCGAUCUUUUAUUUCUGCAACCAAAGUUCCACGAGUCCAGCGAAGUAAUCUGCCAUUUUCUUUCUUCCAUUUUCAAACUUCGUAAGUGCAACUAAGAUGUCAUUCUUUAUCAUUUACCGUACUGCUUAGACCAGAUACUGUGUGACAGUAGAUGGCACGUUUGCAGUCCUAGCAUGGCAUGCAUUAUGCUGAUAAAAAUACUAUCCUUUUCGAAAUUUGAUAACUUGUUUCAUAGUAAGGUUCUCGAUACAUUACACAUCAGGGUAUUGAAUACUGCAUGCUUAUAGGAUUGAAAACCCAUAGUUGUGUUCUCGAGUGGUUUCACAAGUAAUGCAUUGUCUUACGAGUCCCUUAUUGGCAAACGUCUUGGUGAUAUACAUAUAUAGAUCAAUAACAACGAAUAGAUUAACUAAUAAUUAAUCGUAACUGACUUUCUGAUAAGUAAACAUGGUGGCAUUUCGAAAUAAAAAAAACGUAGAGAUAAUAAGGCGACAUUUUUCGCUUCGUGUAUAGUUAGUGAUUGAGAGCCAUACGAUUAAAGUCUUCUGUGGCUGGAAUUUAUUGUUUUUCUAGAAAAUUCCUAUUAUUAUUCCACCAAAAGUGUUGCGUUUUCAUGGUUUACCGCUUUUCUCUUUUCGAGUAUUUUCUUUCUCCUCUCUUCGUGGCGUAUUAUAGCUUAGACGAAAAUGUUGUUGCGUUUUUAAAGAAGUAUUUUCACUAUUUCACGAUAGAAUACGGCAUUUCAUUUUUUUAUUGUUAACAUUACGAUAACCUCUCUUUCAUUUUCUUUUUUUGUCUUCUUUGAUUUAUCUCUCAUUCUAUCUCUCCUUUUGAGUAUAUUAUAGUUUACGCGAAAUUUUAAAAGUCCCGUUUCGCAGCUUCGUCCUGUUGUAAGAAAUACAAAAAAAAAUCUCUAUAAUUCCCUUCGACUUUUGUCUCAGAAAGAUUAGUUUCUCCUUACCUGCUCUUCCAUUAUUAUGCGUCUGUUUCCUCUUCUUUUUUCGUUCUUCUCGUUCUUUCCUACCAUCUGCAUCUUUUCCUUCCUCUAUUUCUCCUUUUACUUUCUCUUGCUCACUCACAUCUUCUUCUCAUUCCUUCAAAAUCUUCGUCCCCCUCUUUUCUCUCUUUCUCUCCUCAUCCUUUUCCUGUUCCUGGUCUCCUCCUCCCCUCCUCUCCUCUCCCCCAAGGCGUCCUCCGCUGUUCCUUCUUCCCUCCAGCCGAAAGGAUGUUCCGCCACGCAAGCCACUCGUCAACUUUUUUAACAUUGAAAUUAAACUCGGAAUUCACAACAGUCGCGUCUAAUGAGAGAGUUGACUGUAAUGACUAUUGUCAGUCUGAUGAAAUUAAUUGCUUGGCAGCUUGACAGUGACAAUUGCUAAAAGCUGUGAUGGAGGUCGUAAGGCUCUGCCAGUAUUGUGUUUGUCAAAUAUUUAUUUUUGAUUUAUAAAAUAAAGAUUACACCUCAAAAUGU